CGUCACACGGAGGGCUUUGGCAGCGGUCACGGGAGCGUCGGGAGUAUGACGUCACUUUCCUAGUGGUUGUUGAGUCCGAGCAGGAGACAGAAUUCUGUGAACAACUUUUACUGUUUCCGGACCAGCAUUGUUCGCUUCUCCUUUAUGCACCCUCCUGUUGGAGUUCUGGACCGUCGGCUCUCCGUCUUCACACCGGUUCGCUCGUUAAUCCGGUUUUUGGCACAAAAAGCGGUUGUUGCGUGUCGGUGUCUUUAUGUCUGCUGUCCUCCUUCAGCACACGGCGCUAACACGCUUUGACUGAGCGAGUGAGCAGGCGACUGCAUGGACCAGACUGAAAAUGAAGAGCCUUAAAGCCAAGUUUAGAAAAACUGAUGUGCAUGAGUGGAACAAGAAUGAUGAGCGUCUGCUUGCUGCAGUGGAGCAUGGCGAGGUGGAAAAGGUGGCCUCGCUUCUUGCAAAGAAAGGAGCCAGUGCUGUAAAGCUGGACCACGAGGGCAAAUCAGCUCUUCAUGCAGCAGCUGCACGUGGUCACACAGACUGCCUGUCAAUCUUCUUGUCUCAUGGAGUCGAACCAUCAACCACUGAUGCUGCAGGAUUUAGUCCUUUACACCUUGCUGCAAAAAACGGCCACACAGAGUGCUGCAAAAAGCUCCUUCAGAGUAAAUGUUGUGUUGAUGCCAUCGACGGAUCAGGAAGGACGGCGCUGCAUCAUGCUGCUGUCAGUGGGAAUGUCCAGACUGUCCAACUGCUGUGUGAAUUCAAAAGCCCCGUCAAUCUGAAAGACACAGAUGGACUCACUCCUUUGCUGUUGUCAGCCAAGCAUGCUCAUGCUGAGGUGUGUAGUUCUCUGCUGGACUAUGGCGCUGAAAUCAAUUUGUGCGACAACAACGGCAGGACGGCGUUGAUGCUGGCCGCUGAGGCCAACGCUGCAUCUGUUGUUGAUGUUCUGCUGCAGAGAGGAGCAGAUCUGUCUGCUGUAGACUCACAAGGCCACAAUGUUCACCACUACGCCAAGCUGUCGGGUAACUCUGAGGUCAAAACCACCCUUGCUGCUGCUCUGAGCAGACAGCAGGUUCCAGAUGUAAAGUCUCCUAGAAGUCCUCAGCAUGAUCAAGUAGCUAAGCUAAGUGAUGAGCGGAUCACAACCCCCAAAAAACGAAAAGCACCACAGCCUCCUACUAGCCCACUUCAGAACUCAGGACCCUCAUCUCCAUCAGGUGUUACCUCAACUGGGACUCCUGCAUCCACCAAAAGCGACUCUCCCAAGAGAAUCGACUGCAAGGAGGAUGAGUUUAGAGAAACGGUACUGAAGGAUCAGCUGGAGAGGUUACAGGAGGAGAAAAACAUGUUGCUGGAGACCAUUGAAGACUUGAAGCACACGGUGGAGCAGACGCCGCCGGGCGCCGAACAGGACUUAAAGGCUGAACAUAGUUUUAAAGCAUCAUCAGCUUUGAUUUCUGCACUACAAACAAAGAUCGCAGCCCUAACUUUGGAGAACCAGCAACUUGCAAACAGACUCAAGAAACAUCCGUCCCUCCAAGGAAGCGACGACCUGCGGGAGACGAGCCGUCCAGACAGCAUGGCCUCCAACAACUCCUUCCACUCCACUCAGGACGACUUUGAUUCACUGACACAAGUCCCUUCCACUGCCCACGUGGAGCGAGAGGACGGUUCAGGACCAGGGGGUCGAGGUGAUGAGGAAGAAACUGAAGGAGGGAGUAAGGAGGAGAUCAAAUUGUUGAGACAAGCCUUGGAGAAUGCUCAAACCAAGCUGCUGGAAACAAAAAAGGAGAACCGCUCACUUCAGGCACAGCUGAAACCCGAGUGGAACCAGGAACGAGAAGAUGAAAGUGUGAGGGAGAAAGGAAGAGAGGAAGAGCUGAUGGAGAGCCUUGCGGAGCUUCAGUCCAAGCUGACGGGCGCUCAGGAGAGGUACCACCAGGCUAUCGAGGAGGCCGAGUUGUUCAGGUUGCAGAUUGGCAGAGGAGGAGCAGGAGAGCGAGAAAAUCUGGUGGAGAAACAGGAGGCACAGCGAUGCGCUGCCCUCGAAAAGGAAGUGGAAGAACUGAAAGAGCAGCUUGUCCGCUUGGGGUCCGAGCGGGAAGCAGCCGUUCAACAAAUCAACCAGCUGGAGGAGGCGCUGAGGAGAGCGGAGGGGGAGAGGCAGAGUGCAAAGCAGAAGGAGCAGGAGAGGACAGCACAGAUUGAGGAGUUAUAUAAGGAGGCACAGGAGGAAAUUAGGAUACUACAAGAGGCUCUGAGGGGAACCGUGCCUGUGGAAGCUGCAGCCAAAGACUUUGAAGAAAUGAAGGCUGAGCUGAACGAGGUCAUUGCCGGGCUGCAGCGACGCCUGCUGGAACUCUCGCACUCCUACAGCGAAACAAAGAGCCAGCUCAACGCUGCACAGAAGCAGCUGAGCGAGGCGAGAGCUGAGAGAGAUCCGUCUUCAUUGCCGUCCACAGAGCAGCACGCUGAGAUGUUACAGGCCAGGGUGGAGGAGCUGCAGACGUUGCUGGCCCAGACAGAGAAGAAGUGCUGUUCCGCCCAAGAUGAGAUCUCAGUACUCAGGCUGGAGGUGGAAGUGCAGGCGCAGAGCUCUGUGGCCCUCAGCGACCACACGCAGGUGGUGUCGUCUUUAGGCAACGCCAUCAAAGAGCUGGAAAACCAGGCAGAAGCCUUGAAGGAGCAGCUCCAGCAGAAGACCCUGCAGCUGGAAGCUCUUCAAAAUAGGUCUCCAAUCUCUCCAGAAGAUUCAGUCUCCCGGCUGGAGCACGAGGCCUUACGAGAGGGGCUGGAGAGUGAGGUGAGCCAUCUGACGCAGCUCCUGCAGGAGGCCCUCAGGAAGCAGGAUGAAAUGGCACUGGAGGCAGCUGAAGCCUGGCAGAAGGCACGGGACAGUCGUGCAGAGCGAGACGGCCUGCAGGAGCUGCUGCUGUCUGUGGAGAAGGAGAAGCAAACACUGACUUGCAGGUUGGCCGAGUCCCAGGAUGCCGUGUCUCAGCUGAAGCAGCUGGUGGAGAAUCACGUUAGCUCUGAGAGAGAGAAGAACAAAAAGAUAGAUGAUCUGUCACGGGAGGUAGGGAAGUUGAAGGAUGCCUUAAACAGCCUAUCACAGUUCUCCUACACUUCAGGCUCCUCCUCCAAGAGACAGCAACAAAACCAGCAGCUGGAGACGAUGCAGCAACAGAUCAAACAACUACAGUACCAGCUCGCUGAGACAAAGAAGCAGCACCACGAGAUCGUGUCCGUCUACAGGAUGCACCUUCUCUACGCUGUCCAGGGUCAGAUGGAUGAAGACGUGCAGAAUGCCUUGAAACAGAUCCUGCUGAUGUGCAAGAUGCCAAACCAAGCCAAGGAGGCCUGCUGAGAUCCAAAGGGUCUGGAUUUCCCAGAAAAAUGUUGCCAUUAAAGCGGAGUCCACUGCUCGCAUGUGCCAAUUACACGAAAAAAAAAACAAAAAGGAUGUCUCUGGAUGUACUCAUGGCGUUUGUGACAAUCGGAUGUUUAUUCUGCUGCUCAUUGUGUGCUGCCAAAGCUCAUGAUGAUGAAGAAGAAGAAAAAAAAACCCAAACCAGGAUACGGAACAACAGCCAAGUCAGUGUUGAGGACGAGCAGGAACCAGCGAAACCUACAAUCAGUGCGUUCACAUUCACUGCAAAUGUUCCGUAGCUAAGAACCACGUAAACGUACAUGCACAUGCACUGGCGAGAAGCUUUUUUUGUUACUAUAUGUAUUAAUCGCAACACAUCACUGCUAAAGACGUCAUUUUUCUGUGUGUAAAUGGUUCUUUUUUCAGCACGUUUUCCACAUUCAGUCUAAAUUAUUUGUGACAAAGCAACAGUGCAUGUGACUGUGCUCUAAACUCUCACCCCCCCCCCCCCCAAAAAACACAAUAUGUUUCUUUUUGGCUGCACUUCUAUGUAUAAAAGCUGUUUUUCUAUUGCUGUUAUCCUGUAACCACACACACACACACACACACACACACACACACACACACUUAUAUAUAAGUAUUUUACAGACUUUUGUUACACCAUUUGUCACUUAAUGUACUUAAAGUUGUGAGUGAUGAAGAUUUUUGAUGGCCUUGUUUUUUUUUCUGCAUGUCGCGUGAAUGAGAAGCUUUUCCCUUCGUAAUAAUGGCCAUGUAUGUAGCUUAUGUUCUCCUUACUGUCCACCACAUUUACAUUUGAGAGCCUGAAUAUGAUGACUGUUGACGGUGCGACACAUUUCAGUUGGUCUUCUGAUCCUUGUCUGUGUGUGAUCUUUUUCAAAACAGUCACAUGCCUGCACUUAAACAGUAUUGUUCUGCAGUACGUAAAACUGAGAAAUGUCACAAUGAGCACUCGCAUUUCAUAGUGUCCAUUUAAUUUAUUAGUGUUAGUUUACUGAUGCCAGCGCUUCUAGUGUUGUUUUUGUAGGUACAGAAAGAAUGUACAGUGUUUAUGCAUGUUUUUAAACUGUUACCAUCUUACACUCCAUCACCUUCACACAGACUGAUCCAUAAGUAUUUGGACAGCGGGCGCUUUUGUAAUUUUGAGCAUGUACACAACAGUCAAUUGUAGUGUUGACUUUCAGCUGUAACUCAAUCAGAAAUGCUGUAUUUGGAUGAAUUAAAUAUAAGGAUUAUUUAUAUGCAUUGCUUUUACAGCCAAAAACAUCAAUCACAGGAUGGCUCAUGAACGUUUCCAAGUCACUAAAUAUGUUUUUGGACUACAUUUGCAUCAGUCAUUAUGAAAUACAAAUAGUAUGGAGAAAAUGUCUGGAGUAGGCAGUUCCCAAAAUCUGAGUGAUCGUGCAUAAAGGAGACUAGUGAGGGAAGCCACCAAGACACUCAUGAUGACUGUGGAGUUGUAUGUAUGUGUCUGUGACUGUGACUGGUGCAACUUUUGUUGCAUCACCAGUUAUAUCACUCCAUGUUGGAGUGAAAGAGAUGGAGGGUUUUUUUUUAAGUGUAAUAUUUCAUUUUGCCAGAAGGCACAUGGGCAACUCAAGUUCCACGCCACUGUGAAAUUGUGACUGUUGGUGCGUUCAACAAACAUUGCAGUUUAUCUAAUCACAUCCUUCAGAGUUAUCAUAGGUGUCUUGGUGUCUUCCCUCACUGGUGUAUUUCUUGCACAGUCUGUCCAAUUAAUUAUGGCUUCUGGAAAUGGAGGGACUGUAUAAAAAUGGCUCUAGUUUGUUAAAUUCGUUAAUGCAAAAUUUUUGUUCAACCCCUCGAAUUAAAGCUAAAAGUGUAAGCGACAAACAUCUUGAUUGUGGUGGUGUACUGAAACAAACAAAUAGUCGCUGCCCAAAUACUCAUGGAUCUGAUGAAAUAAAAUAUAUUAUUCUGAAUUGCAUAUUCUUAGAUAUCUUUUUUGUUUGUUUGUUUUUGUCUCAAAGCUUUUCUGGAUGAAAAGCAAAAUGUCUUCAAGGAGCUAAAGUCCUGUUGACCAAACACAACCUUCUUGGAUGCCUAACACUAACUUUAACUGGAUUAAUUUGUCAGUUUAAGCCUUUUUUUUAUAUAUAUAUAUAUAAGACUGAAGUCACUCAGGAACUUUUUACUAAACACAAAUUACACUUGACUGAGAUUAGUUGGAACCCAAACUGUAGUGGCUCAGUCUCUCCUUCGGCCUUGACUGAAAUGCUUUGUAUCAAGA